CCACGCCCCGGGCAGCCUCGGGCAGGAGCACGCGACAGCACAGAUGGCGCAGAGGAAGCCCUUCUUCGAGAGGCUGAGGCGGCUGGAUGAGCAGUUCCGAAGGUUCCAGGAAAUGACCCUCACGCGUCUGCAGGGCAUCGCAGAGAACUACAACAUCUCCUACAACAUCGAUGCCCGCUUCCAGCAGCUGGCGGACCAGUACCACAACAUCUCCAGCGUCCUGAGCACCUUCCAGGAAACCGCGGGCAACGACCUCAACAGCCUCAAGUUCUGGACCAAGAAGCUUCAGAAGAAGACCGAGAGGCUGGACAGCAAGGUGAGCGCCCUGGAGAGAGCCCUGGAGGAGAACGGCAAGCGCCCCCAGGAGGACGGGCAGGAGCAGGGGCUGAAGCUCUCCAACCUGACCCAGGAGGUCCAGGACCACAGGGAGCGGAUCAGAACCAUCUUGGUUGACCGGGAUGAAGUGCGGGGUGGGCUGAGAGGCCUCCGGGAAUCCCUCGAAAAGCAGGAGGCCAAGAUGGUCCAACUUGAGGAACAAGUGAGGGGCGCGCUUCAGGGCAACACUUUGCCUGUCGGGGCUUCUUCGAGUCCUGGAGGUCCUGAGGACGUCCUCACGUCCAAUCGGACCCCACAGGACCUGGCCCCUGUGGCUCUCGGGUCGGGCCGCCGCCAGGAACACAGGAGUCCCAAGACCAGCGCCAAGCUCCAGCUCAAGCACUCCAAGAGGAAGAGGGUGAAGGACAGUCUGCUGGGCCCUGGCCCCACUCAGGCCCCCAGGCAGACUCAGGCAUGGCUGGAACCCCAGAGAGAAGAUGAGCCUCAGCUCCACCCCCAGGAGGAGCCAAUAGAACUGCAGAACCUGCCACAGUUCCACCCACAGGAGGAGCCUAAGGAGCAAUGGGAUCUGCCCCAACCCCACCCCCAGGCAGAGCUGAGAGAACCACUCGACCUGCCCCAGCUACCCCUGAGACACAAAAUCCCUCGACAGCACCACGCAUCCAAGAAAGCAGGCUCAAUAUGCAACGUGAAAUCCAUGCUGCUGUUCCCCUCCGCCUCCACCCAGAACUACGUCUCCUUCACAAAGGGCUUCCCGGUGCGCCUCCUGGAGCUGUCCGUCUGCACCUGGCUGAAGGUGGAGGCGGGCUACGUGGGCACGCUCCUGUCCUACGCGACCGAGGACAAUGACAACAAGCUGGUCCUGUACGGCCGCAACUCCAGCCAGCGGGGCAGCGUGGACUUUGUGAUCGGCGACCCGGCUUACCGCGAGCUGCCCGUGGCGGCCCUCCUGGACGGCCUCUGGCACCACCUGUGCGUGGUCUGGUCGUCCAUCGAGGGCCGCUACUGGCACUACACCGACCGGCGCCUCACCUCCGCCGGCUCCAAGUUCCAGAAGGGCUACGAGAUCCCCGCGGGGGGUGCCGUCGUCCUGGGGCAGGAGCAGGACUCCGUGGGCGGCGGGUUCGACGAGGCCGAGUCCUUCGUGGGCCGGCUGGCCGGUUUUGCCGUGUGGGACCGGGCACUGAGCCCCGGAGAGGUCUCGGGGGUGGCCACAGGGAGGGGCCUGCCACGGGGGACUGUCCUCACCCUGGAUGAUGUGGGCCAGCUGAAUGGAGACGUGCAGCUUGUGGACUGUGAGUGCUUGGAGCACUGCCACUGA